AUGCCGAACCCACCCUAUAGCCCCGAUAUUGCCACUUACAUCUUUAUUUCAUUCCCCAAGAUGAAGCUAAACCUCAAGCGAACUCAUCAUGGUGGCGUAGAGGAGUUCAAAGAUGCUGUAACUGUGGUGCUCAACGAGUUAACUUCAGAGGAUUACCAAGGGUGCUUUGAAUCAUGGGUGCUACGCCAACGUAAAAAUCCUUGUAUAGGAAUAAAGGGAGACUACUGUGAAUGUCGA